GCAUUUUAAGUUACUUGGCAACCAGUUAAAAGUUUUUCCAAUAACUUUGAAGAGGGUAAUGACUUAAUAGCUCGAUUUAUAGAGAAACAGCCGUUAGUAUAUAUUGGAUAUAACUAAAAGAUAUUAUAUUCCUACAACAGUUAAUUCUGAUAGGGUAAAAUAGCAGAAGAGUAAAGAAGAUAUAUUUUCGACAGUGUCUCUAAAAUCGUCAUGUCAGAAAGCAAAGAAGUAACACAGCCAAUUACACCUCGUAUGCAUAAAACCAAAGUCACUGAGUUGAAUUUUUCGUUUCUGUCGUUAACCGACGUUUUUGAAUGCGAGAAAAUCGAACCAAGAUGCGAAACUAGUAAAUCAAUACCGAAAAAGAAUAAAGAUGGAUUAUACAAUGCAAGUUGCAUACGCUUGAACAACAAUUUAAUAUCGAAAUUGAACGAUUUUACAACUUUUCUCUCUCAUAUUAUUAUCAAUCCAGACCAAUUAACAUGGAUAGAUUUAAGUUGCAACGAAUUGCCUGAAAUUCCAUUAGCACUUGGAACAAUUAACAGCUUAAGGAUACUUUUACUCCACGGAAAUCAAAUUAAAGAGAUUGAUGAAGUUGACAAACUAUUAAACUUACCCGAAUUACAUAAGCUAACUCUACACGGCAACCCUUUAGAAACAGUGAAGGUAAUAUACAUAUGUAUAACAUUACACAUAACAUAUAUGCUGUAUAAGAUAUGCCAUAUAUAUAUGUAUAUAUUGUUCUGUUAAUAGAAUUACAAAUUCAUCAUAAUUUCGAAAUUCUUAACUGCUCAAAAAGUACAAACACUGCAAGAACUAAAACUGCGAUGCUUGGAUAAUGGUACGUUAAUUAAGGGUGAUGUUGUUACCGCCUUAAGUAUAGGUCAGUCAUCGGCAAUGGCCGCUAAAAAAACCAACAAGAAGAAGAAGAAGAAGGAAGAAGAGUAAACGAUAAGAAAAUAAUAAUAAAAGAGUUAUUAAUAAUUUGUUUGGCCUAUAUAUUUCAUUCACUAGAAUAAAAAAACAUAUAUAUAUAUAUAUAAAUUUAUAUAGGAGAUAUAUGUGCCUUUAAUAUAGUAAUUCCUUGACAAACAACUAGAUAUCUCUCUGUACAGAUUGGUUUGUAUCUAUCUAUCUUUAACAUCACUUAUUAUUGGAUAUUUCAUUGAAUACAUAUCGGAAAAGUCUGAUGUUAUCCUGUCUGUAUUAUUCAACUUGAAUCCCCCACUUCGUUCUCUUCCAUUUGCAAACUGAAUACAAAAUGUUUUUAUUAGUUCUAAGUGUUUUUAUUCUUUCUUUUUUGUGAAUGCAAUACUACUACUUACAAAGGUAUUUGAUCCAUCGUUUACAUAAGUUGCUAUAUUAGUAAGAUAUUCGUUCAUUUUAUCAGAGAAUGUACAUAUUAUUUCUCUACAAGCCGUCUUACCUUUCUAAAUUUAAGGAAUAACUACAAUUGCAAACGGCAAUAUGAUAUAAAAAAUAAAUACCGAAAGAACUGUUUCAUUACAAUUUACAAUAUUCAUAUUAUUUAAACUGUAUAGUUUGUCUUUAUCUAUAUAGUUUAUCUUAUCUUUCUCUAUAUCAUUUUCUUCCUCCUAUAUUGAGUAUAGAAUAUCUAUUAUGUAAUUAAAAAUGUUGGAUAAGCAUACUUUGUUUCUCCUUUGGAUUGGAUAACCCCAAAAUUUGGAGAAAUUUUCAAAUAUACUAGGUAAAUAAUCAUUAAUAUUUGAUACUUUCUCAACGUUAUUAAUGAUUUUCACGUUCCUAUCUAAUAUAUUUUUUAUAUCUGUUUUAACCUAUGAAAGAUCCCAAUUAACUUUUAUAACCAACAAUUAAUAAACUGUAAUUAUAACCUCAUCCUUAACAUCAUCCCAUAAUUCUGUUCUAUAAAUAGUAACAGAAAGAUUAUCAUCAACAAUUUCGCAACUGGGUAGAAUAGAAGAUUCUUUAUUUUUUUCUCUUUUUUCUAUCAAAUCUUUCAUGUUAUCUUAAAAACUAUUGAAAAAAUUAUAUAUAAACAAUAUAAAACUAAUAUUUUUAAUGAUUUAAAAAAGAAAAUAUUCAAAUUGGAU